ACAUAGCGAUUUCAUUGGACGUUACUCGAAUACGAUUGGCGUACACCGACGAAAACUAACGUGUUCGUUUAAUAAAGGAGGAGAGAUCGGUUUAAGGUUCGUGAAUCGAUGAGAAGCGAACGUAGAACGAUUUGAUUGGAGUUUACGUGUUUGUUGGAUUCGAGUCCACGUGGACUUCGAUACCAGCUUGGUAUACUGGCAAUCAGGGCGCCAUAUUUAUAAGGGUGAAAGGGGUUGAAGUAAAAUCAGGCGAGUGGAACAAGGACAGAUUCCACCUCUGUUUCAGCUAAAAUGAGAUGCUUUCUGCUAGGCAGCCAUUUUGAGGGUAGUUUUUUACUUGUUUUUUUUUUUUUACUUUUUAUAGUGAGCAUGUACGGAUCAUUUUAGGGGCGAGAUUCGAUCAAAUUCAGGAACAGAAUGAAAGAAAGUGAUACGGUAUAUAAAAGUAUUUAUCGUAAAUAUAUACAUCUAUAUCAGAUGGGAAUAUAUAUAUCGAAUUUUCGUGAUUAUUUAUUGAUAAAUUAAUUUAAUUAUCGUAUUGUAGGUAUGAACGUUUUUUUUUAUUUUUGUUUGUGUGGUGUAUGGUAUAAUAGCGCUACUGGUGUUUUGUGAGAUUGAGGGGUAGAAGGCUUUUUUGUAUAGAGUGCGGAAUGUGUGUUUUAGCGGUUACGGGGACGUAGAGGGAGCGACUCGGCGCGAAGUAGGAGGGGGAGUCAGUCUCAAACGAUACGCGGUAGAGGGAGGACGUUGGUUUCAAGUUUUGCGGACAUCGCUUCAACUUUCCAACCUGCUUUUUGUGGAUUAACUAACAGUGCGUUAUUUUUUUUAGUGUUUUGGUUUUUACAGUGUGUGUGUUGUGAUAUUGUUGUGUGGAUAGAGUGUUUCGAUUUCGGUAUACAUACAGUGUGUUUCUAGUAAAUCAUGUUUUGUUGACGUAAAAUGUAUCCUAGUGCUGGAAUGAACGCAGCGGCCGCAGCAGCUGUAGCGGCAGCCCGCCAUCCGGGACCACCGCAACCCGGUCAACCGUUCAAAUUUACUGUCGGGGAAUCGUGUGAUAGAAUAAAAGAAGAAUUCAGUUUUCUUCAAGCCCAAUACCACAAUUUGAAAUUAGAAUGUGAAAAAUUAGCCAGCGAAAAAAUAGAGAUCCAAAGACAUUACGUAAUGUAUUACGAAAUGUCGUAUGGGCUCAACGUCGAAAUGCAUAAACAGACUGAAAUAGCGAAGAGACUGAACGCAAUUAUUGCACAGAUAAUGCCUUUUCUUUCACAAGAACAUCAACAGCAAGUAGCAUCUGCUGUUGAAAGGGCGAAACAGGUUACGAUGACGGAACUAAAUCAAAUUAUCGGGCAACAAAGGCCCGAUUUACCGAGAUUGUUGCAGCAAAUGCACGCGCAACAACUUCCCACGCACGCGGCGCCCCCUAUACCGAUGAUUCCUCACCCUAGUUUAGGCGGUGCUCCGCCUAGUACGGCGGCUAGUCUCUUGGGUCUAUCCGGCGGUUUACCUGCUCAACAUCCUCUUUCUAUGUUGGCUUCGAAACCGGAUCUGCACAGGCCGGACGAUGUCAAAUCGAAUAGCGGUAUCACAUCUGCCGAGGAAAGACACAGGAAUUCAAUAUCGCCCGCAGAAAAAUACAGACCGCGCACACCUCAAGAACCAGAAUUAAAAAAACCCAAAAAAGAAGAAAAAGAUCUUGGUCACCAUAGCGAUGGGGAAAAAAGCGAUCAAGACCUCGUUGUAGACGACGCGUCCGAAGACCCAGUAUCACCCCCGAACGGCACCUCAUCCCCUAGAGAAAACGGCAUCGAUAAAUUACCUAAAAAAGAACAUCCCGGACCGCACAGUCCGAGAUCGGGUACGUCUAGUAACGCUUCGACGCCAUCGACGAAAAAAAUCGAAGAAAAACCGACGACGCCUAUAUCGAAACCCGUUACGCCGACAUCCGCUGCGGGAUCGUCUUCGGGAAGCGCUUCUGGCGGAUUGAAACCUAUCAAACAACAAGGUUUAGGCCAAUAUCCGCCCUAUUUAGCCAUACCGAACGGCGCGGCCCCCCACGAUUUACAAGCAGCCAGUUCGUACGCGGGUCUACAUAACAACAUACCGCCGGCGCUUAAUAACUACCCCAGGCCUCCGUUGCAAGUCGGAUACGAUCCGCAUUCCCAAAUGCGAGCUCCCGUAGUACCAGGUCUCGGGGGAAUACCGGGGGGCAAACCUGCUUAUUCGUUUCACGUGAGCGCCGACGGUCAAAUGCAGCCGGUGCCCUUUCCGCCGGACGCCCUGGUAGGACCGGGGAUACCCAGACACGCUCGUCAAAUCAAUACUUUAAGUCACGGGGAAGUUGUUUGUGCUGUUACUAUAUCCAAUCCCACCAAAUAUGUAUAUACAGGAGGGAAAGGCUGUGUUAAAGUUUGGGAUAUAAGUCAACCCGGUUCGAAAAGUCCCGUAUCCCAAUUGGACUGUUUGCAACGGGAUAAUUACAUAAGAUCUGUGAAACUUUUGCCUGACGGUAGAACGCUCAUAGUGGGCGGGGAAGCGAGUAAUUUAUCCAUAUGGGAUUUGGCGAGUCCGACACCUCGAAUUAAGGCUGAAUUAACGUCUAGUGCGCCGGCGUGUUACGCUUUAGCCAUCAGUCCGGAUUCCAAAGUUUGUUUUAGUUGUUGUUCGGACGGGAACAUCGCCGUUUGGGAUUUACAUAAUCAAACGUUGGUGAGACAGUUUCAAGGACAUACGGACGGUGCUUCUUGUAUAGAUAUUUCGUCGGAAGGAAAUAAACUUUGGACCGGCGGAUUGGAUAAUACUGUGAGGAGUUGGGAUUUGCGGGAAGGUAGACAAUUGCAACAACACGAUUUUAGUUCGCAAAUAUUUUCAUUGGGCUAUUGUCCGAUGGGCGAAUGGUUAGCUGUCGGUAUGGAAAAUUCCAACGUCGAAGUAUUGCACGCCAAUAAACCCGAUAAAUACCAACUGCAUUUACACGAAAGUUGCGUAUUAAGUUUGAGAUUCGCCGCCUGCGGUAAAUGGUUCGUUUCGACGGGAAAAGAUAAUCUUUUGAACGCGUGGAGGACGCCGUACGGGGCCAGCAUAUUCCAGUCGAAGGAAUCUUCAAGCGUUCUAAGUUGCGAUAUAUCAGCCGACGACAAGUAUAUAGUUACAGGGUCGGGAGACAAAAAGGCGACGGUCUACGAAGUAAUAUACUGAGAGUUGUAAAAAAAAAACGGACCAAGUGUAGUUAUAAAAUUAAUGAAAUUGUGAUAAUUAUGUGUAAUAAUGAACAAUGACUUAUCGUAUCGAAAUGAAAAUAAUCACACGUUUUUAAGAAUAUUAGUGAUCUGAUGUGAGAUACUAGAUUUUUAAGAAGAGUGAUCUCUCAUGACAAUUAUACAAAUACACGUUUUUUUUUCUUAUUUAAUUUUAUGUAAAUAGUUAAAAAAAAAAAUUGACGCUGAUUAUAAAAUUGUGACAACUACGUGAAAUACUUAAUUUUUUUUAUUAUUAAAAUCCUCAGUUUUUUCUAUAUUAACGUACGAAAGUGAUUUCGUAUCUACCCGAAUCAAAAUCAUGAUGAAAACUCGUUAGUUGAGCGUUUUCGAAGUUGUAGAAUCCUUUUAUCGAAAUUCCCAGUGUCUAACCUAACCUAACAUAAUUUUACCUAACCUAACAUAACCUAACCUAACCUAACCUAACCUUACCUAACCUAACAUAACCUUACCUAACCUAACAUAACCUUACCUAACCUAACCUUUUUCGUAACUUCAAAAGACAGUUUUGGAUUUGAUGAUAAGUUUAAUACAAAAGGACGAGAACAUCGAUUAAUUUGACCCCCAUUUCCAAAAAGUAGCCCCCGAAUAAAAUUUUUCAUUUAAUUAGUAAAUUCAGUUUAAAAAGUCGAACCGAAAAUCAAUUAACGCAACUAUUAAUAAUUUCCGACAUCUUUUAAUUCGAUAAAUGGAUUCUAUGAUAUCGAAAACGCUAAUUGAAUGUGUUCGGGCCCGGGUAGAUAUGGAUGUAUAGCCUAAUGUACAUAUAUACAUAUAUAAUUAUAUAAUAUUUAGACGCAUUGUUUUCUUUUUCUAUUAUUUUGUUAACUUGAAUUUCUUUUAUCGACUUUUGUCAGUUGAAAUAUGUAAACGACAGUGGAACAUUUUUAAAUAAAUUUUUUUGUUAAUGGAAGUAUACGUCAUCGUAAAAUUCAUUUCAUAGUACCACACAAAAGUCAUUCCAAAAACAGAAAUCUACUUAAACGUAACCUGAAAAGCUUAGCAAGGAUUUUCUCCAAUGGUAAAAAUAUUUAUAAAGUUACUAGUUUGGCUACCCGCGAAUAGAUGUCGCUGUUAUAGUUUUACAAUCGUUAUUAGUUCGAAAUAAUAUACAUACAAGUUGAAAAUUUCUUUAUUUAUAAAUAAAUAUAUGGAUUCAAUUAAUUCGACACAACAAAAACACACAUUUUUUUUAUUAAAAUAUGAAAUACCAUGUUUUAAAUUCUUUGGUUAUUAUCUGAUAGAUGCCGGAAACGGCGCCAUAUCAUACAACGACCCUAAUAAGUUUUUCAAAUAUAAUAGAUGACUACUUAUAUAGUUCGGCUAUUGUCUAAUAGAUGUCAUCGGUGGAGUCUUUAUCAAAAGUUAUUUUAAGUUUUUCGACGUAAAACGUGUCAGAAUUACAGACAAUUUUCGUAUGUUUUUACGUAGACUAUUGUCUUGUAUUAAUAAGCAUCAAAAUGGCGCCGACUAUAAAUUUUUAGUGGUAACUUUAAUAAAGUUCGAGUGAGUAGGAAAUUUAUUCAAAAUGAUACAAAGAGAUAAUUUACUUUCGAUCAGUUUACUGAUUGAAUAUUUUAUACAGGGUUCUACGAAGUUUUUUAUCUAAAAAUUGAAAUAUAUGUUGCACAAUAUUAAAAAUUCCCACUGUUUGUUGUACAAUUAACGGAAACGUUUAUAAAUCAAGCUAAAAACAAGAAAAAUGUAUAUUGUCUAUAUAUUUGUAAUUAAAAUUAGUAUGAAAAAUGAAAAUAACUUUGAAAUGAAUUAUCGCGGUGUUGCCUAUGAACAUACUUACGAAUUUCGCUCAAAUUUUGCGCGUGCUAACUAAUUCAAUGACGUAACCAGCUACUUAUGUCUAAAGGGCGUUACAAUAAUACAUGAUACAAUCGAAAAAAUAAUUGACGUUGAAAAUCAAUAUUUUCGAAUAUUUAUUUUAUGUUUACGAUUUUCUGUUACACGAAAUGAUCAAAAUCAUUUCGAAUAGUAUCGAAUUUGGAUUUUAACACUUUUUAGACUUUCCCUGUAUACGUCAGUGAAACUGGUGGCACCCCAUUGUGUAAAAUCAGUGUUUUUCAUUUCAUUAAUUAGAUAGCAUUUGUUUAUGUUAUAGAUUUGUAGAUAUUCGAAAAAUAUAUCAUUGUUUUUAUUUUUAAA